CGUCCUCUGGGGUCCUUCGACAGUCGGCGUCGCGGAGCCGCGCAUGCGCAGCGGGGGUGACUUUGAGGCGGCGCGAUGCUGAGCAAGUUGGUGGGGCCGCGUUACGUUCAGCUCCUGCAGAACUGGACUCCCACCCUCGUUACGUGGGGUGGUGUAGCCGGUACCGGUUUGAUAUGGAUCACGGACUGGAAACUGGUCCUUCAGUAUGUUCCCUACAUCGGUGGCAAGUAUAAAACUGAAGACUAAGCUUCCCUCUGACGGAAAUUUAUUGCUGGAUUGAGUGUUUUGGAGCCUUCUGUCUGCUGAGAACCCUGCCUUGAGGUGAACUUGAAACGCUCAAUACAGAUUCUGCAGGAGGCUGGGGUGUCCCUAACUCUGCCACCAGCAGUUGUGAACAGAUUCUGCUUCACACACAGCCAGCCUCGUGCUCUUCUCGUCCCGUCCGCAGCCGGUCUUGGCCUAAUGCAAGUAAUUUAUGAAGCUGAUGUACAAAAUAAACCAAGUGAACGAUGUGUUGGCGUCGCUGUGUUA